GCCUUCGACCACUGAACUUCUGUUGUGCGGUUGUCAGCAACAUGAAGAUACAGCCCCAUCAAAAGCCCUGCUAUCAUGGACAUGCCAUAAAUCUUCCUCGUGCUUGCUAUAAAUACUUGAUGAUAACACCUGAACCAGCCCGGUAUAAAGGUCGCACUAACUUUUAGCUACUGGUGAGCAACUAACGACUACCGGGUCAGCCCCCUUUUGUAGUUAGCCCCGCCUCGCUUCGCACACCUGUGACGCACGGCGAGCCGCACCUGUCCGCCCUUCUACAACCUGCCCCCUGGGAUGCGCCCCUGCUUGGGCUCAUAUCACUUUCCACUACUCCUCCUGUCCGGAACAUCCUCAUCAUCUACUUCCUUUCCGUAGUUUGUGUGUGUGUGUGUGUCUGUGUGUGUGUGCGUCUUUGUGUGAGUGUGUAUGUCGGUUCACCUGUCGCGCUGCAUGGAGCUCCUGACUUACCUCCACGAUUCAGAGCUCGUGGCCCGGUUCCAGCGGCGAUGCGGACUCUUCCUCGUCGAAAGCGCGCAUCUCAAGCCCGAGAGACCACGUGGGCAGCUGGUGAGGGACAGAUUGGACCACCAGGACCGCAAUUCCAACUAUAAAUACAAGGAGAAUGGAUACGCUUCACGUGACUGUGGUAGGCCUCGUUACGAGGUGAGGAACUGGCCGUUGCACUUCCUCUUCUUGCUGUCGGCCAGCCUCGGGCAUGAAAUCUUCUACAUCACCUGUCUGCCCAACAUACAUUGGAGCGUGGACCCUUUCCUGUGCCGCCGCCUUCUCAACAUGUGGGCCUUAGUGAUGUACGUUGGCCAGGUGAUGAAGGACGUCCUGAAGCUGCCUCGCCCUUACUCUCCCCCUGUUGUCAAGCUGGAGACACGUGUAGAUGCAGAAUACGGACUGCCCUCCACCCACGCUAUGGCAGCAACUGCCAUCUCCUUCACACUUUUACUAAGCGCCACCUCCAGAAUACAGUUCCAGUUCGGGGUGGGCCUGACCAUCGCAGUGACACUGGCGACCUUGGUGUCUCUGAGCCGCCUCUACACUGGCAUGCACUCGGUUUUGGAUGUUAUCUGUGGGAUCUUGAUCUCUGCCGUGCUGUUAGGGGGCACCUAUCCCUACUGGGAAACAAUGGACCACUUCCAGCUCAACAACCCCAUCUCCCCCAUUGUAGUGCUGGUACUGUUCUACUUCCUCUGCUACAUAUACCCAGAGCUGGACCAUUACAGCACCACACGGGGGGAUACGACCACCAUUCUGGGAACGUGUGCCGGGGCCUCAGCGGGGUACUGGGUGAAUCAGCAGCUGGGGCAGACGUUUGAGCCUGAGGGCAUGUUGCCUGUACCUUUGCCCACACUGACAGCGAGCGCACUAGCGUUAGGCACUGGCCGCUUCUUGGUGGGGGCUGUAAUACUGCUGGCAACUCGGCAGAUAGUGAAAACGGUGAGCCUGCACAUGUUGUAUUCAUGGUACAAAGUACCAAAAAGUGACAACAAUGCCAGGAGGAGGAAAGAGAUUGAAGUGCCUUCUAAGUUUGCCACAUAUACAUCUGUUGGGCUGGUUAAUUCUAUACUGGCCAACAGAAUUUUCCUUUUUUUGGGACUGUUAUGACCUGACUGAUCAAUAUGAUCUGAACAAAACCGAACCUCAUAUUUAUCUCAAUGUUCUUAAAAUGAUCAUUUUUUUUGUAAUACGUUGCAAGAUUUUCAGAAAAUGUUCUCAGAGGGAAUGAUUCACAACUGUGUACUUGUGACUGACCUGUAACUGAGUUGAAAGA